AUCGAAAAUCAAAACCCUAAUGCUCCUCUCCCGCAAAGAAUUUCCCCUUUUAAGUCCACUUUUUUGAUGGGAUUUUGAAGUUAAUUCAUUAUAAUCCACAUAAAUUUCUCUCAAUUGAGUGAAUUUCCCAUCAAAUCAUCGUUUAAAAGAUGCAGAUCUUUGCGGAAGAGGUGACGGAGGUGGAUUUUGAGGAUUUUGGGUCCAAACGCAAUGACGAAUUUGGAGAUGAAGUAAAUGGAUCAUCAUGUUGUUCUUCCCGGUCGUCAUCGUCUUCUUCAAGCCCGUGCCAUUUUUCUCCAUGGAUGCUCGAUGGAAGCCUCAGUUCGAGAACCUUUUCGUAUGAACUGCUUGCCGUGGAACCCAUCAGACUCAUUGUUCAGAAAUUAGAUGGAUCUUCGUUUGAUAUCAUUGUUACGAAGAAAGCAACGGUUGGAGAUCUGAAGAAGGCUGUUGAAGAUGAAUUCAGUCAGUUGUCUGAACAGGUUUCAUGGUCACAUUUAUGGGCGCAGUUCUGCUUAUGUUUUAAGGAUCAGAAGCUCCUUGAUGAUCAAGAAUCUAUCGAACGUUAUGGUAUCCAGGACGAUGAUCAGCUUCGGUUUAUCCGACACACAUCCAUAGGCUAUAAUCUUGGAAGACAAAGAUCAGAAAAGCAAGAUUCUGAGUAUGGAGAACCUCACAAUGGUCUCAAUAGGUCAUCGAGCAAAUCCUUUACGUAUGAUGGCACACAAAAGAACGGCGGGAACAAGAAAAAAGGAGGUGUUGCUAUCAAGUAUCGUUCUAGAUGGUUUCACGUUGUGAGAUGGUACUUCUCGUACCACAAUCUUGAUUGCCCCGAUGUGCAUUAUCGAGCGUUGACUACUUCGAGUAGAUCAAACUCGACCUGUGGUUCUCCAGAUGUUUUCGAAGAUAUGAAAAUAACUAGUUACCACGACAAGUUGUAGAAACAAAGAGUCUUGGUAACUAUUAAGAUGUGUCAACAGACAGACAACAAAAGUUUCAUUUGGUUAAGGGCUUGUUGUAAACCGAGGUCGGGAUAUGUAACUUGACAACCAUGAUAAAUUACUA